AUGGGGCUGCCUGCAGCCCGCCUGGUGGCCCUCUGCCUGGCCCUGGCCUCGGCCGGGGCCAACGAGCUCCGAAGAGAAGGCAGGACCCGGAACCAUGGCCACAACGUCUGCAGCACCUGGGGCGACUUCCACUACAAGACCUUCGACGGCGAUGUCUUCCGCUUCCCCGGCCUCUGCGACUACAACUUCGCCUCCGACUGCCGGGGCGCCUACAAGGAGUUCGCCGUGCACGUGAAGCGCGGGCCGGGCCAGGGCGGCCACCCGCAGCUCGAGUACAUCCUGCUCACCGUCAAAGACGACACCGUCUACCUCACCCGCCAACUGGCCGUGGUGAACGGUGCCAUGGUCAGCACCCCGCAUUACAGCCCGGGACUCCUCAUUGAGAGGAACGAUGCUUACACUAAGGUGUACUCACGUGCCGGCCUGUCCCUCAUGUGGAACCGCAAGGACUCGCUCAUGCUGGAGCUGGACAGCAAGUUCCGGAAUCACACGUGUGGCCUCUGCGGGGACUUCAAUGGCUAUCAGACCUAUUCCGAGUUCCUGUCCGAUGGGGUGUCCUUCAGUGCCCUGGAGUUCGGGAACAUGCAGAAGAUCAACAAGCCCGAGACCAUGUGUGAGGACCCUGAGGAGAUCCAGGCGCCCAAGGCCUGCUCAGAGCACCGUGCCGAGUGCGAGCGGCUGCUGAGCCUGCCAGCCUUCGAGGACUGCCAGGGCCGCGUGCCCCAGGAGCUGUACGUGCAGGCGUGCAUGCAGGACCGCUGCCAGUGCCCCGAGGGCGACGCCUGCGCCUGCAGCACCCUGGCUGAGUUCUCCCGCCAGUGCUCUCACGCCGGCGGGCGCCCCGGCAACUGGAGGACCCCCACACUCUGCCCCAAGAGCUGCCCACAGAACAUGGUUUACCUGGAGAGCGGCUCACCCUGCAUGGACACCUGCUCCCACCUGGAGGUCAGCAGCCUGUGUGAGGAGCACAGCAUGGACGGCUGCUUCUGCCCAGAAGGCACCGUGUUUGACGACAUCGCGGGCAGCGGCUGCAUCCCAGUCAGCCAGUGUCACUGCAAACUGCAUGGCCACCUCUACGCCCCCGGCCAACAGGUCACCAAUGACUGUGAGCAGUGCGUUUGCAAUGCUGGUCGCUGGUCAUGCAAGGACCUCCCCUGCCCUGGAACCUGCGCCCUGGAGGGCGGCUCCCACAUCACCACCUUCGACGGGAAGAAGUACACCUUCCACGGGGAUUGUUACUACGUGCUGGCAAGGGGCGAGCACAACGACUCCUAUGCCCUCUUGGGUGAGCUGGCCCCCUGCGGCUCCACGGACAAGCAGACGUGCCUCAAGACUGUGGUGCUGCUCCUGGACAGGAAGAAGAACGUGGUGGCCUUCAAGUCUGAUGGCAGCGUGCUGCUGAAUGAGCUGAGGGUGAACCUGCCACAUGUCACUGCGAGCUUCUCCAUCUUCCAACCAUCCUCCUACCACAUCAUCGUGAACACGGCCUUCGGCCUUCGGCUGCAGCUGCAGCUGGUGCCUGUCCUGCAGCUCUUCGUGAGCCUGGAGCAGGCUGUGCAGGGCCACGUGCAGGGUCUCUGUGGAAACUUCAACGGUCUGGCGGGUGACGACUUCAAGACCCCGGGUGGGCUGGUGGAGGCCACUGGGGCUGGCUUUGCCAACACCUGGAAGGCCCAGUCCAGUUGCCACGACCAGCUGGACUGGCUGGAUGACCCCUGCUCUCUCAACAUCGAGAGUGCCAACUAUGCUGAGCACUGGUGCUCCCUGCUCCGGAAGGCUGAGACGCCCUUUGCCAGGUGCCACUCGGCUGUGGACCCCGCUGAGUACUACAAGAGGUGCAAAUACGAUGCGUGUAACUGCCAGAACAGUGAGGACUGCAUGUGUGCAGCGCUGUCUUCCUACGCCCGUGCCUGCGCUGCCAAGGGCGUCAUGCUGUGGGGCUGGCGGGAGCGCGUCUGCAACAAGGACGUGGGCUCCUGCCCCAACUCCCAGGUCUUCCUCUACAACCUGACCACCUGCCAGCAGACGUGCCGCUCCCUGUCUGAGCCUGACACCCACUGCCUCCAUGGCUUCGCGCCUGUGGACGGCUGCGGCUGUCCUGACCACACCUUCCUGGACGAGAAGGGCCGCUGUGUGCCCAUGGCCAAGUGCUCCUGCUACCACCACGGCCUCUACCUGGAGGCAGGCGAGGUGGUCCUGCGUCAGGAGGAACGCUGUGUCUGCAAGAACGGGAGGCUGCACUGCAUGCAGGUCAAGCUGCUGGGUCAGAGUUGUGCCGCCCCAAAGAUCCAUGUGGACUGCAACAACCUGACCGCCCUGGCCACCCGGAAUCCUCGCCCCAUCAGCUGUCAGACCCUGGCCGCAGGCUAUUAUCACACGGGCUGCGUGAGUGGCUGCGUGUGCCCGGAGGGGCAGCUGGACGACGGGCGGGGCGGCUGUGUGAAGGAGGAGGACUGUCCCUGCGUGCACAACAAGGACCUCUUCUCCCCCGGGGACGAGAUCAAGGUGGACUGCAACACCUGCACAUGCCGGAAAGGGCGCUGGGCAUGCACUCAGAACGUCUGCUACGGCACCUGCACCAUCUACGGCAGCGGCCACUACAUCACGUUCGAUGGAAAGUACUACGACUUCGACGGGCACUGCUCCUACGUGGCGGCUCAGGACUACUGCGGUCGCAACUCCUCCCGGGGCACCUUCAGCAUCGUCACCGAGAACGUGCCCUGCGGCACCACGGGCGUCACCUGCUCCAAGGCCAUCAAGAUCUUCCUGGGGAGGACAGAGCUGAAGCUGGAGGACAAGCACCGCGUGGUGAUUCAGAGGGACCAGGGCCACCACGUGACCUACACCACUCGGGAAGUGGGCCAGUACCUGGUGGUGGAGGCCAGCGUCGGCAUCAUCGUGAUCUGGGACAAGAGGACCACCAUCUUCAUCAAACUCGCCCCUUCCUACAAGGGCACAGUGUGCGGCUUGUGCGGCAACUUCGACCAACGCUCCAACAACGAGUUCACCACACGGGACCACAUGGUGGUGGAGAGCGAGCUGGAUUUCGGGAACAGCUGGAAGGAGGCCCCCACGUGCCCCGAUGUGAGCAGCACCCCUGAUCCAUGUGUCAAGAACCCACACCGCCGCUCCUGGGCCGAGAAGCAGUGCAGCAUCAUCAAGAGCUCCACGUUCGAGAUCUGCCACGGAAAGGUGGACCCCAUACCCUUCUACGAGGCCUGCGUACAUGACUCGUGCUCCUGCGACUCGGGCGGGGACUGUGAAUGCUUCUGCUCGGCCGUGGCCUCGUACGCCCAGGAGUGCACCAAGGAGGGUGCCUGCGUGUUCUGGAGGACGCCUGACCUGUGCCCCAUCUUCUGUGACUACUACAACCCCCGGGACGAGUGCGAGUUCCACUACGAGCCCUGUGGCAACCGCAGCCUGGAGACCUGCAGGACCUACAACGGCAUCCACUCCAACAUCUCCGUGUCCUACCUGGAGGGCUGCUACCCCCGGUGCCCCCAGGACAAGCCCCUCUUUGACGAGGAUCUGAUGAAGUGCGUCACGGCCGACGAGUGUGGCUGCUAUGUGGACGAUACCCACUACCCCCCAGGAACGUCCAUUCCUGCUGAGGACAUCUGCCAGUCUUGUGAAUGCAACAGCAACUCACAAGUUACCUGCCGCCCGGAAGAAGGGAAGAUUCUCAACUACACCCAGGACGGCUCCUUCUGCUACUGGGAGAUCUGUGGGCCCAACGGGACAGUGGAGAAGCACUUCAACAUCUGCGUGUCCACCCCGACGCCUUCGACCUACCCCACGUCACCCACCAGCACUGUGACCACCACCAGCACCAGCACCAGCACCGGCACCGUGCCAACUCCCAGCACAGUGUCACCGCCCGCUUCGACUACUCCGAAAGUGUGCUGCUUCUGGUCCGACUGGAUUAAUGAGGACAGCCCCCACAGCGGCACCGAUGAUGGUGACCACGAGACUUUUGACAAAGUGUGUCGGGCCCCAGAGGACAUUGAGUGCCGGUCAGCCACGGAGCCCCACCUCAGCUGGGAGGAGCUGGGCCAGAAGGUGCAAUGUAACGUCUCCUUCGGGCUCAUCUGCAAGAACGACGACCAGUUUGGAAACGGACCGUUUGGAGUCUGUUACGACUACAAGAUUAGAGUUAACUGUUGCUUGCCCAUGGACGAGUGUCCUGAGGCCUCAACCACGCCAUCCUCGGCUCCAACCACUGCCUCUACCAGCACACCGACCACACCUCGGACCACCACGCCAACUGUCUCACCCACCACCUCCCCGACUGUGUCCUCUCCCGAGACACCAACAGUCUCCACCACCACUUCUACAACCUCGCCCACCAGCACCUCUACCACCACACCAACCACAUCUCCAACCACGACGCCAACCCACACACCUCCAGCCAGCUCAUCUACCACCUCACCAGCUGUUACAACUACAACAUCACCGACCACCUCCGCUACCACCACACCCACCACAUCUCCAACCACGACGCCAACCCACACACCUCCAGCCAGCUCAUCUACCACCUCACCAGCUGUUACAACUACAACAUCACCGACCACCUCCGCUACCACCACACCAACCACACCAACCACACCUCCAGUCUCCUCACCAACUACCCCCUCCACCGUCUCAACACCAUGUGACGAGGACGACGACUGCAAGUGGACAGGCUGGGAGGACUCCGGAAAACCGAACACUACCCAAACAGGAGGAGAUUAUGAAUCCAUUCAGGGUGUCUGUAGCGGUGAAGGCCUGUGGGCACAGAAUAUCUCCUGCAGAGCUGCAAUGUACCCCAACACCCCCAUCGAGCACCUGGGCCAGAAAGUGACCUGUAACCUCACCCAUGGGCUGGUGUGCAAGAAUAAGGACCAGAAGCCAGGGGGAGCCAUACCCAUGCCCUUCUGCGUCAACUACGAGAUCAACGUCUACUGCUGUGGGCACUGCAGCAAGCCCACCACAACCACCAUAAAGCCCACCACCACAGGGCACCUCUCAUCCUCCAUGGCCACCACCACCGAGACCCCAGAGCAAACCACUACGAGCACCUUCACCACCACCAUCUCCACGGAGACCCCAACCCCAACCCCGACCAGCACCUCCAUGGAGACCCCAACCCCAACUCCCACCACCACCUCCACGGAGACCCCAACCCCAACUCCCACCACCACCUCCACGGAGACCCCAACCCCAACUCCCACCACCACUUCCACGGAGACCCCAACUCCAACUCCCACCAUCACCUCCUCAGAGACCCCUACCCCAACUCCUACCACCUCCACAGAGACGCCAACCCCAACUCCCACCUCCACCUCCACUGAGACCCCAACCACAACCUCUACCACCCCAGAGACCACAACUCCCAUCACCCCUGAGACUCCAACCCCACCUGUCGGCACCACAUCAAUUGUGACCCAAACUCCAUCAUCCACCAUCACCUCCCCUGAGACCACAACUGCAACAUCCACCACCCCUGGGACCACAUCUCCCACCACCUCUGGGACCACAUCUCCCACCACCUCUGGGACCACAACUCCACCUGUGAGCACCACAACAUCAACUGGGCCCCCAACUUCAUCACCCAUCACCACCUCCCCUGAGAUCUCAACCCCAUCAUCCACCACCACCCCUGAGACCACAACUACAACAUCCACCACCCCUGGGACCACAUCUCCCACCACCUCUGGAACCACAUCUCCCACUACCUCAGGGACCACAACUCCACCUGUGAGCACAACAACAUCAACUGGGCCCCCAACUUCAUCACCCACUGCCACACCCCCUGAGACCUCAACCCCAUCAUCCAGCACCUCCCCUGAGAUCACAACUACAACAUCCACCACCCCUGGGACCACAUCUCCCACCACCUCUGGGAACACAUCUCCCACCACCUCGGGGACCACAACUCCACCUGUGAGCACCACAACAUCAACUGGGACCCCAACUCCAUCAUCCACCACCCCUGAGACCUCAACCCCAUCAUCCACCACCACCCCUGAGAUCACAACUACAACAUCCACCACCCCUGGGACCACAUCUCCCACCACCUCUGGGACCACAUCUCCCACUACCUCGGGGACCACAACUCCACCUGUGAGCACCACAACAUCAACUGGGCCCCCAACUUCAUCACCCACUGCCACACCCCCUGAGACCUCAACCCCAUCAUCCAGCACCUCCCCUGAGAUCACAACUACAACAUCCACCACCCCUGGGACCACAUCUCCCACCACCUCUGGGAACACAUCUCCCACCACCUCGGGGACCACAACUCCAACUGUGAGCACCACAACAUCAACUGGGACCCCAACUCCAUCAUCCACCACCCCUGAGACCUCAACCCCAUCAUCCACCACCACCCCUGAGAUCACAACUACAACAUCCACCACCCCUGGGACCACAUCUCCCACCACCUCGGGGACCACAUCUCCCACUACCUCAGGGACCACAACUCCACCUGUGAGCACAGCAACAUCAACUGGGCCCCCAACUUCAUCACCCACUGCCACACCCCCUGAGACCUCAACCCCAUCAUCCAGCACCUCCCCUGAGAUCACAACUACAACAUCCACCACCCCUGGGACCACAUCUCCCACCACCUCUGGGAACACAUCUCCCACCACCUCGGGGACCACAACUCCACCUGUGAGCACCACAACAUCAACUGGGACCCCAACUCCAUCAUCCACCACCCCUGAGACCUCAACCCCAUCAUCCACCACCGCCCCUGAGAUCACAACUACAACAUCCACCACCCCUGGGACCACAUCUCCCACAACCUCUGGGACCACAUCUCCCACCACCUCUGGGACCACAUCUCCCACUACCUCAGGGACCACAACUCCACCUACCACAACUCUCAGCACCAUCUCUACUAGCACAUCAACUGUGACCCCCACUCCAUCUUCCACUACCGUCACCACAACCUCCUCAGGGACCCCGACGCCAACAUCCACCACCAGAGGUACCACAACCCCCAAGAGUCCAACCACUGAAAGCUCAACCCCUACCCCCUCAGUGACUUCAACGAUGACACCUACCACUACUACACUGGGGACCUCAACAGCACCCCCGUCCAGCACAGAGACGACCACUCCAACCUCCUUGACAACCACCCCUACCAACUCUCCGACUACUGCGUCUACCACCUCACCAAAGACGACAGUGACUCCAGGCACCCCCUCAACCACCACACCAAUGACACCCACAACUCCAACCGCAUCUUCUACCAUCUCAACAACCUGUGACGAGGACUGCAAGUGGACAGGCUGGGAGGACUCCGGAAAACCAAACACUACCCAAACAGGAGGAGAUUAUGAAUCCAUUCAGGGCGUCUGUAGCGGUGAAGGCCUGUGGGCACAGAAUAUCUCCUGCAGAGCUGCAAUGUACCCCAACACCCCCAUCGAGCACCUGGGCCAGAAAGUGACCUGUAACCUCACCCAUGGGCUGGUGUGCAAGAAUAAGGACCAGAAGCCAGGGGGAGCCAUACCCAUGCCCUUCUGCGUCAACUACGAGAUCAACGUCUACUGCUGUGGUCACUGCAAGCCCACCACACCCACCAUAGAGCCCACCACCACAGGGCACCUCUCAUCCUCCAUGGCCACCACCACCGAGACCCCAGAGCAAACCACUACGAGCACCUUCACCACCACCAUCUCCACGGAGACCCCAACCCCAACCCCGACCAGCACCUCCACGGAGACUCCAACCCCAACCCUGAGCACCUUCACCACCACCACCUCCACGGAGACCCCAACCCCAACAUCCACCACUCCAGAAACCACAACCACCACCACUACCCCCCCUACCACAACCCCGAGCACCUUUACCACCACCCCCUCCAGAGAGACCCCAACCCCAACCCCUACCAUCACCACCACCACCUCCACAGAGACCCCAACUCCUACAUCUAUGACCCCAGAAGUCACAACUCCAACCACAACUACAACAACCACUGAGUCCCCAACACCAACUCCUAGCACUGCCACUGGUACCACAUUGACUCAGACCACAAGUCCGACCUCCGAGACCCCAGGGACCACAACUCCCACCACCACCUCCAGUGACACCUCAACUCCAUCAUCCACCACCACCUCCACGGAGACCCCAACCCCAACUCCCACAACCACCUCCACUAAAACCCCAACUGCAACGCCUACUACCACCUCCAUGGAGACCCCUACCCCAACUCCCACCACCACCUCCACGGAGAUCCCAACCCCAACUCCCACCACUACCUCCACUGAGACCCCAACCCCAACUCCAACCACCUCCAUGGAGACCUCAACUCCCACUCCCACCACUACCUCCACGAAGACCCCUACCCCAACUCCCACCACCACCUCCACGGAGACACCAACUCCAACGCCCACCAUUACUUCCACAGAGAACCCAACUCCAACUCCCACCACCACCUCCACGGAGACCCCAACUUCAACUCCAACCACUACAUCCACGGAGACCCCAACCCCAACUCUCACCAUUACUUCCACAGAGACCCCAACUCCAACUCCCACCACCACCUCCACGGAGACCCCAACUCCAUCAUCCACCACAACCUCCACUGAGAUUCCAACUACAUCAUCCACCACACCAGGAACCACAUCUCCCACGACACCUGAGGCCACAACCCCACCUCUCAGCACGACAACAUCAACUGGGACCCCAACUCCAUCAUCCACCACCCCUGAGACCUCAACCCCAUCCACCAUCACCUCCCCUGAGACCACAACUACAACAUCCACCACCCCUGGGACCACAUCUCCCACCACCUCUGGGACUACAUCUCCCACCACCCCGGGGAUCACAACUCCACCUGUGAGCACCACAACAUCAACUGGGACCCCAACUCCAUCAUCCACCACCCCUGAGACCUCAACCCCAUCAUCCAGCACCUCUCCUGAGACCACAACUACAACAUCCACCACCCCUGGGACCACAUCUCCCACCACCUCUGGGACCACAUCUCCCACCACCUCAGGGACCACAACUCCACCAGUGAGCACCACAACAUCAACUGGGACCCCAACUCCAUCAUCCACCACCCCUGAGACCUCAACCCCAUCAUCCAGCACCUCUCCUGAGACCACAACUACAACAUCCACCACCCCUGGGACCACAUCUCCCACCACCUCUGGGAACACAUCUCCCACCACCCCUGAGGCCACAACUCCACCUGUGAGCACCACAACAUCAACUGGGACCCCAACUCCAUCAUCCACCACCCCUGAGACCUCAACCCCAUCAUCCAGCACCUCUCCUGAGACCACAACUACAACAUCCACCACCCCUGGGACCACAUCUCCCACCACCUCGGGGACCACAUCUCCCACCACCUCAGGGACCACAACUUCACCUGUGAGCACCACAACAUCAACUGGGCCCCCAACUUCAUCACCCAUCACCACCACCCCUGAGACCUCAACCCCAUCAUCCAGCACCUCUCCUGAGACCACAACUACAACAUCCACCACCCCUGGGACCACAUCUCCCACCACCUCUGGGAACACAUCUCCCACCACCUCGGGGACCACAACUCCACCUGUGAGCACCACAACAUCAACUGGGACCCCAACUCCAUCAUCCACCACCCCUGAGACCUCAACCCCAUCAUCCAGCACCUCUCCUGAGACCACAACUACAACAUCCACCACCCCUGGGACCACAUCUCCCACCACCUCGGGGACCACAUCUCCCACCACCUCGGGGACCACAACUCCACCUGUGAGCACCACAACAUCAACUGAGACCCCAACUCCAUCAUCCAGCACCCCUGAGACCUCAACCCCAUCAUCCAGCACCUCUCCUGAGACCACAACUACAACAUCCACCACCCCUGGGACCACAUCUCCCACCACUUCUGGGAACACAUCUCCCACCACCCCUGAGGCCACAACUCCACCUGUGAGCACCACAACAUCAACUGGGACCCCAACUCCAUCAUUCACCACCCCUGAGACCUCAACCCCAUCAUCCAGCACCUCUCCUGAGACCACAACUACAACAUCCACCACCCCUGGGACCACAUCUCCCACCACCUCUGGGACUACAUCUCCCACCACCCCGGGGAUCACAACUCCACCUGUGAGCACCACAACAUCAACUGGGACCCCAACUCCAUCAUCCACCACCCCUGAGACCUCAACCCCAUCAUCCAGCACCUCUCCUGAGACCACAACUACAACAUCCACCACCCCUGGAACCACAUCUCCCACCACUUCUGGGAACACAUCUCCCACCACCCCUGAGGCCACAACUCCACCUGUGAGCACCACAACAUCAACUGGGACCCCAACUCCAUCAUCCACCACCCCUGAGACCUCAACCCCAUCAUCCAGCACCUCUCCUGAGACCACAACUACAACAUCCACCACCCCUGGAACCACAUCUCCCACCACCUCUGGGAACACAUCUCCCACCACCCCUGAGGCCACAACUCCACCUGUGAGCACCACAACAUCAACUGGGACCCCAACUCCAUCAUCCACCACCCCAAGCAACACAACUCCCACCACCCCUGGGAGCCCAACCCCUAGCACUGUCUCUACUACCACAUCACCUAUGACUCCUACAACAACAUCCACUACUCCAGAGGUCACGACUCCCACCCGCACUGCCACCACCACUGUUCCCCCAGAGACCCCCACAGGCACAGUACCUUCUGAGGAGCUCACCACGACCCAAACUCCGCCUGGGUCCUCCACCACCACGAGACCCACCACUCCGGGGAUAUCCAGCAUGCCACCAUCGACUCCAGGCAGCACCCCUUCAGGCACUCCAGAGACCACCUCCAGCAGAACCACCACGAGCCCCAGCUCCACUCCCACGUCUCCUCCUGUGACUGUGACCACGACCACCACAGGAACCACCCCUGCUACCGGACAUACCUCCAUCACGACCCAGACCAGCACCACCAUGGUGUCCAGCAUGACGCCCUCCACCGUGAGCCCCAUCGUCACGCCCAGCAUCAGCAAGACCACCGGCUCCAACACGCCCAUCUCCACACAGCAGUUCUGCUGCGUGCUCAACGACACCUACUUCGCUCCAGGGGAGGUCGUGUACAACGGGACCCACGGAGACACCUGCUACUAUGUCAACUGCUCCGAGGACUGCACCUUCCAGUUCUUCAACUGGUCGUGCCCCUCCACGCCUCUGCCCACGCCCACGCCCGCCCAGACCACCACCUCCUCGCCGCCCAGCACCAGCACACCUGCCUCCCAGACCCCCACUAAGACUCCACCAACCACCACCAAGGCCCCCGGCUGCCCAGAUUUCGACCCUCCCAGACAGGAAAACGAGACGUGGUGGCUGUGUAACUGCACCCAGGCCAUCUGCAAGCACGACAACACAGUGGAGCUGGUGCAGGUGGAGUGCAAGCCACCACCCAUGCCCACCUGUUCCAACGGCCUGACGCCCGUCCGCGUCAUGGAUCCCGACGGCUGCUGCUGGCACUGGGAGUGCGACUGCUACUGCACGGGCUGGGGAGACCCCCACUACGUCACCUUCGACGGGCUGUACUACAGCUACCAGGGCAACUGCACGUACGUGCUGGUGGAGGAAAUCGUCUCCACGGUGGACAACUUCGGGGUCUACAUCGACAACUACCACUGCGACCCCACUGACCAGGUGUCCUGUCCCCGCACGCUCAUCGUGCGCCAUGAGACCCAGGAGGUGCUGCUCAAGACCGUGAGCAUGGCGCCCAUGGUGGUGCAGGUGCAGGUGAACAAGCAGGCCGUGGCACUGCCUUACAAGAAGUUUGGCCUGGAAGUGUACGAGUCCGGCAUCAACUACGAGGUGUCCAUCCCCCGGCUAGACGCGGUCAUCGCCUACAAUGGCCUGUCCUUCUCCAUCCGGCUGCCCUACCGUCUCUUCGGCAACAACACCAAGGGCCAGUGUGGCACCUGCACCAACAACACGGCCGACGACUGCAUGCUGCCCAGUGGGGAGAUGGCCUCUGACUGCGAGGUGGCCGCCGACGAGUGGGUGGUGAACGACCCCUCCAAGCCCCACUGCCCAAAGUCCAGCUUCACCACCAAGCGCCCGGCCCUCACCACGCCUGGCGGCGGCAGCCCUGGGCAGAGCUGCGCCUCCCCUCUCUGCGAGCUCAUCAAAGGCAGCCUGUUCUCCCAGUGCCACCACCUGGUGCUGCCCCAGCACUACUAUGAGGCCUGCGUGUUCGACAGCUGCGUCGUGCCCGGCGACCAUCUCGAGUGCGCCAGCCUGCAGGCCUACGCCACCCUCUGUGCCCACGAGGGCGUCUGCAUCGACUGGCGCAACCACACCAACGGCAUCUGCUCGCUGAGCUGCCCGUCUCACAGGGAGUACAGGGCCUGCGGACCCGCCCAGGAGCCCACCUGCAAGUCCAGUGCGCCAGAGCAGAACAACACCCGCCAGGUGGAGGGUUGCUUCUGUCCUGAGGGCACCAUGAGCUACGCCCCCGGUUUCGAUGUCUGCGUGGAGUCCUGCGGCUGUGUGGGGCCUGACAACGUUCCCAGAGAGUUUGGGGAGCACUUUGAGUUCGACUGCAAGGACUGCGUGUGUCUGGAGGGCGGCAGCGGCAUCGUCUGCCACCCCAAGAAGUGCCAGAAGACCUCCGAGCCCGUGUGCAAGGAGGAGGGCACCUACCCCGUCACUGAGGUCGACCCGGCCCAGCCCUGCUGCAACACCACGACCUGCAAAUGCAACAUCAGCCUCUGCGAGGACAAAGCCCACACCUGUCCGCUGGGCUUCCAGGCGAAGAGGAAGCAGGUGGCUGGCAAGUGCUGCCCAGUCUACUCUUGCGAGCCCAAGGGCGUGUGCGUGAUGGGAAAUGCCGAGUACCAGCCUGGCUCCCCAGUCUACUCCUCCAAGUGCCAGAACUGCAAUUGUACCAGCCAGAGGAACAGCACCACGCAGCUCAACAUCAUCUCCUGCAGCCACGUGUCCUGCCCCAGCUCCUGUGACCCCGGCUUCGAGCUGGUGCACGCCCCUGGGGAGUGCUGCCGGAAGUGUGAGCAGACGCGCUGUGUCAUCACGCAGCCCAACGGCCACAACCUCAUCCUGCAGCCCGGGGACAUGAAGAGUGACCCCAGCAACAACUGCACCUUCUUCAGCUGCGUUAAGAUCCACAACCAGCUCAUCUCAUCCGUCUCCAACAUCACCUGCCCCGACUUUGACCCCAGUACCUGCCUCCCUGGCUCCAUCAAGCUCAUGCCCAACGGCUGCUGCAAGACCUGCAUCCAUCGCAAUGAGACGCAGCGGCCCUGCUCCACCAUCUCCGUCACCAAGGAGAUCUCGCGCGCUGGCUGCGCCCGGAACAUCACUAUGAACUACUGCGCCGGCUCCUGCGGCACCUUCGCUUUGUAUUCGCUGGAGGCACAAUCUCUGGACCACAAGUGCUCUUGCUGCAAGGAGGAACGCACCAGCUUGCGGGAGGUGGAGCUGUACUGCCCCACGGGCGGCACCAUCAAGCACUCCUACACCCACAUUGAGAGCUGCCUGUGCCAGGACACCAGCUGUGAGCCUCAGCGUGGUGCCCCCAGCCGCGCCCGCCGCUCUGGUCCCCGCGGCCCACGCCCAAGCCUGGAGUGA